CGAGAUUUUAGCUCUCUAACUCUGCUCCAUAUCCUAGUUCCAGUUCCUCAUUUCAGUCUCGUUUUACGUAUACUUAUAAACGAACAAUGGACAGAAACCAGUUGCGACGCCAGGUUGCCCACAUGAGAAGUUCUCUCAUUGAACAGCAUUACUUGGAUCAGCAGCAAUUUGUCCAGCUGGAGGAUUUGGAAGACGAUAGUAACCCAAACUUUGUGGAGGAAAUUGUGACAUUGUUCUACAAAGACUCGGCUAGACUCUUCCAAAAGAUUGAUCAAGCACUGCAUAGUACACCUAUGGAUUUCUCCAGGCUGGAUGAUUACAUGCACCAGUUCAAGGGUAGUAGCUCAAGCAUCGGAGCUGUAAAGGUGAAGAAUGAAUGCACACAAUUCAAAGAAUUUUGUCUGGCUGGAAAUGCUGAAGGAUGCUUGAGGGCUUUCCAGAGAGUGAAACAUGAGCAUGAGGCAUUGAAGAGGCAGCUUGAAACUUAUUUUCAGUUGAGAAGACAAGCUGGAAUGGCUCAAAGGUCUUGAACGCCCCACAGAUUGGCGAUUGCCUGAGGUGCCAAGUUGAUUAUAUGGAGAAACUAGUUGAUAACUAUGUACUUCGUCAAUUUUGUGGACUCCUAGCUAAGUCGAAUAUACUUUACUAUAGGGGGCACCAUAUUCAAGUUUAGCUGCUGCAAUAUGCAGAUACUGGGUUUUGGUUAUAUAUAUGAAGUAAUGCUCGAAAAAUAAUGCAAAUUUUACCAAUAAUGCAAAUUUUACUCCUCUGUGAGCUAUCCUGCAAUAUGUAUGAAGGCCUUUCUUCUUUUACUAAAUGAAUUUCCAGCUUUGUUGUCA